ACCGACGAUAAAAGCGCCUGAGGUGAAUGGCCGCAGCUCACAGCGCAGCAGGCUGACGCGCUGACUGCACGGGACUGGCACGAAGGGCGGCAGGAGGAUGCGGAAACGGGGAUAACUGGAUACAAUUAAUCGCUACCCCCGUUUUAUCAUCAUCGCGGCUGUUGGCGCAUCUGAAUGAUGGAUUUCUGACGAUCCAACGACGGUGUGUAGUGCGUAACGGUGCAAAUUCCUCAUCGAUCCACUCUGACUUCACAACACAGAUACUUGCAAGCAACUUCUGCACAGAAUGAGAGCAUGUCUUUUAGGUAAAAGCUUAGGGAGAUGGUGGACAGGAUGGUAUGUCUCAGCGCUGAAGAAUCUGUCAUCGAAUCAUGCUCUGAAGCCCCUCAUUCCCACCUUCUGCUUUCUGGUGGUGAUCAUCUACAGCCAGGCUGACAAACUCAGGAACUUUGUAGCUGGCAUCUUUAUCCCGCAGUACCACUACUCCUUUCCUGUGGCUCUCUGCUUCACCCAGUGGCAUCUUUAUCCCGCAGUACCACUACUCCUUUCCUGUGGCUCUCUGCUUCACCCAGGUUCUGGUUUCUCUCGUCUUCAUAAAUCUCCUCCAUGCCCUGGGUCUGGUGCCUCUCAGAUCCUACUCCAGAUCGCUGGGAGAGAGGCUGCUGCUGCCUGCCAUCUGUAACAGCGUUCACUCCGUGCUGGUGACGUGGGCCAAAGCCAGCAGCCCGUACACGAGCCUCUUCUUCUUCACCGUGCCUCUGCUGCCUCUGCUAACCGUGGGCUUAAGUUUUGCCCUGAAGGUGGCAUCCCCACCAUCUCACCACUCGUCGGUGCUGAUUUCGAUCCUGAGUGGGAUGUUCGUUGUCAUCACAGCAUCCAAGGGUAUCUCUGGCAAUGAGCCUCUGGAGUACUUUUACGCACCCCUUGCUUUGAUUCUCCACAGUCUUUCCCUAAUCGGCUUGGCUAAAGUUUCUGAGGCCGAGCGCCACCAGCCCCCUGACGUCCAAGCCUCUGUGUUUGAUAUCUACUACGCCCAACUUGUCAACCAGAGCGGCGUGCUGGGCCUCCUGUGGGUCCUGCACCCAGACAAUCCCUGUGAAGUGUUGAGACUGAGCAGCUGGCGCAAUCUACUCUUCCACGGAUACCUGCUCGCCAUCGUCCUGCUGGGAAUGGUUCUCAACUUCUUCGUCUGCAUUUCAGCUCUUUGUGUCUCCCCACUCGCUGCCGCGCUGCUGUAUUCAGCGAGGUACAUGGUACAGCCGUUUUUUCAUCUUCUGUAGCUUGUUUGUGUGGCGCAGAAACGCUGACUGGAGAGUCCACCACUAUCAAGGGUUGAAGGCAUAUUUUUAAGUUUAAAGUUUUCAAUGGAUUGUAAAAAACAAAAAGUUGUAAGAAAACUUGGGAAAGAUCCCCUUCAGGUAAAGUCUUACCUAAUCUAACAUUAAUCCGAUUGGAAUUUAUAUUUUUAGAACAAAAAGUCUGACACUGCCAGCGAUAAUCAGCAUUCUAAGCAUGUCAAACAGGAAAAACUAAAAUAGAUACCAGGAAACUUGCUACAGGGACCGCUGGGCCCAAAUUCCAAAAAGCUGUUUAAUAUAAUUUCACCACCUGCUUCAAUAAGCAAAUGCCAAAUAACCAUUAAACAUGUAAACAAGGCUAAAAGUAAGAGAUGUGUAAAUUGAUAUGGCCAAAUUAUCUGUUCAUAUGUAAUAUUAGACUAAACCUUGUUUAAGUAAAAUUUUCUGUAUAUAGCACCAGUUCACAAUACAUGUCAUCUCAAGUCUCUUUACAAAAUCAAAUACAAUCAGAACUUAAAGACAAAUUAGUCAAAAAGUUUCCUCUCUAAGGAAACCCAGCAGAUUGUAUCAAGUCUUGACAAGCAGCAUUCACUCCU